AUGCCAGUUGAAGAUUUACCUACCAAACAUACAUUACCAUCUUUGUCUCAAAUUAUGCCUCCAGUACAACAACUGCAAUCAGCUUCCCUGUCUAUUCUUAGUGGGGGUCAAAGUCAAUAUAGUCAUGACAGUAACAGUAACAACGGUACCAACUCACCAAGUUCUACCAAUACUUCUCCAAAUUUGAAAUAUAAUACUCAACAACCACAACCGGUUCAUCAAGUCCAUUCAAUUCCUGUUGGUGUUCCAACUGGUGGUCCAAUUCAACCUCAACAUACUCAAUCACUUCCAGAUUUAUAUUCUCAAUCUUCCACUGCUCAAACUACUCCCGGUUCUUCAUAUACUCCUUAUGGGCAACAACAAAUGCAGCAAAUGCAACCACAACAACAACCGGUUAUUGGCGGUGUUGCUGAUGGUAAUACUACUGUAUCUGUUCGUCAAGAUAAAUGUAUUUGUAAAUCAAAUGCUAAUAGAAUCCCAAGACCAAGAAAUGCUUUUAUUUUAUUUAGACAAAAGUAUCAUCAAACUGUUUUGGAUGAAGGAAGUGUCAUUCGUACCAAUCCAGAAGUUUCUCGUGAAUUAGGUAGAAGAUGGAGAGCUUUAUCACCAGAAGAAAAAGAACAUUGGAAUAAUCUUGCUGAAGAAGAAAAGAAGAAUCAUGCAAAGAAAUAUCCUGGUUAUAGAUAUACUCCAAGAAGAAAUGGUAAGAAUAAGAAUUGUCUUGUUUGUCGUGAAAAGGCUUUGAAACAACAACAGCAACAACAACAACAAGUUCAACAAGUUAAACAAGCUCAAUUGGUUCAAAUGCAAAAUCAACAAAUGAUGCAAAUUCAACAAGAUCAACAAUAUUAUUUACAAUUGCAACAACAACAACAAUACCAACAACAAAUGCAACAUCAACAAUCUCAACAACAAGUUCCAUUGAAUGGAUAUCAACAACAUCAAUAUAUAAUCUCCCCAAGUCCAUAUCAACAAAACUUGUUAAAUGGACCAAACGGAGCCACUACCCUUCCAUUGCCUCAACAACAACAACAACCAAAUCAGCCACCACAACUUCAAUUCUACGAAGCAGAUAAAUUAUCGCCAUUAUCAAACCAACAACAACAACAAGCUCAACAUCAUCAGCUCAGUGGUGCACCAAGUUAUUCAGGCCCACAAUCUACCUUACAACAUCCUGCUGGAUCAGGCAAUAAUGAAUAUACUAUCUCCGGAAAUGGAUAUGAUACUCAAAGAUAUUCCAAUGUUGGUGCUGGUACUGCAACUUCUCAUCUUCCGCAACAACAGCAACAACAACAUGCUUCUGGUAAUCAUGGUCAAGCAGCAGGUGCUAGUAGUUUUGGUUUUGAUUCUUUCGCUAUUCCACAACCUCCUCAAUAG